AUGGAGGAGGAGCGCACCAUCACGCUGGACCUGGGGUCAUCUCCAGAUCCAUUGAUCGACCCAAUUCUCAGCCCACCCAUGAUGCCCCCCUCAGCCAUCAAGAAGAAGAGCCAGGCUGCCGAGCACCUGUUUACCGCCCUCGCUCCGUCGCCAAGGAAGCAGACCUUCGAGCUAGAUGUCGGAGACGAACGAACACCGCAACGACUACGCGUCACGGUCGAGGCCGACGAUGAGGGGACGCGUAGUACCAGCCGUCGCCUCUUCCAGUCACCCACCCCGAAACAACGACGCCUAACGCCGCGGAGGGAAACGAUUGUCACAACAAGAGUGCCUCUACGCGGUCUGAGCGACGAUGAGGGCGGCGCGCCGAGCAACGCGACACCGAGGAAGAGGGGCCGGCCACGCAAGUCAGGAACUCCCGCCACAACGCGGCGCAAAAGACCUGGGACACCGGCGAAGGGGCGGAAGAGCGUGGGGCGCGCCUCUGCAUCUCCUCAAAAGGAUACCCUCGCGUCAGACAUCGGAAUCGAGGCGACGCCGCGUCCCACAAAACGCAAGGCCCUAUCGCCAGCAAAAGACGGCGCGCCGCCUAGCCAACCACGGAAACGAGGGAGACCAGGGAAACAGACGAUUACUGGAGAUGAGGUAGCGCGCCUAGGGCAGGAAAUUCCGUCGAAGCAGGAGGGCCACGACAAUGCUUUGGUUGUCCCUGCGGUGAAUCAACCGAGCGAUGGCAUGGAUGAUGAUAUCUGGCUCGCAACCCUGUCCGGCCAGCCAACACCGGCCCCCCAGAGGCAAGAGCAAAAUCACGAACCCGAAUUGCCCACCAGCAACCACCACACCGAUACCGAGCCCCAACUACCCCGACAGGAAGCAGACUACCAACAGUACGAUUGGCCGGACAUGGGCGGGGGGGGCGAUUCAUACAGCGAGGCUGGGUCAUUGGCGAGUGACCAGGGCGAUGAUGACCAGGACUUCGAGGACACCAUCAUGGCGGAGGAGUUCACCAUGAUUUCCAUUGGCUCCUUGCCAUCGAUGCAGCCAAACUCAAGUGUGAUGGCCCCAGCGCACGAGGAGCUUGGUGAGGCUACGAGCCUGAUCAUCAACGGCGCGCUGGAAUCCCUGAGGCAAAGUCAAAACAGACCGGUGGAAGAAGUUGCAAGCCCCGAGCCGAGCACUCGCCUUCUCGAAGCACAGCAAAGUGCUGUCGAAACUACUUCGGAGAACCGUGCGCAACAACAACAACAACAACAGCAGCAACAACAACAACAACAACAACAACAAGAACCCCAGCUCCCGCCACCUCCUAGUUCACCGCAAGCUUUGAGGCGAAGUCCACGUAGGACAAUGGCCCAGCCUCUUGCCAGACAACUUGCCCACAAAAGUCUCCAGCGAGAAGGCCGCCAGUCGCCAGCACCCCGCCAGCCGUCGGUACCCCAACACUCACCAGAACCCCGGCAGUCACCGGCCAGCUUUGAGCACCAGAAUACGAGCGCCUACGACGAUUCCUUCUCCGAAAUUCCCGAGGCCGUGUUAAUAGCCGCAACACCUGGGCGACCACGCCAGUCACAACACCAGAAAGAAGUGGCAGCCGAGGACAUCCAGCCGUCCAUUGAGCGGCCCUCAAGAGUGAACCACUCCAAUCCCCAAUCUGAAACGAAUAGGCUGUUGACUCCUGAUGAGACACCCUCCCCGAUUCCAUCCGAUACCGAAGACCACAACCCCCCAACCAAGCCUCCGAGGCCCACAUUGGAUGUUGACCUCCCCUCCUCUCCCCCGAUCGCAAGCCCCGUACUUCUCAGCAACGCCGCCGCGCAACAUAUCAGACGCAACUCUACGGAGACACCCGCCGAUCAACUAUCGUCUUUCACAUCGUCGAACUUAGGAGCUCGAGACCCCGACCCCGUACACCUACCGCUCCCCGAACCCCACCGCCGACCGACUCUCUCCCCCAUCGUUCGUGCCGGACGUGCCCUGCAACUCAUCACAUCGGACCCACCAUCACCUCCAGAGAGGGGCAGCGUGCUCGGGAGCCCGUUUCGAAGCUCUGUGCCCAAGUCGAGCCAAUCGCCCGUACCAGUUCUGCCCCCUGCCGCGCCGGCAGCCGGGGCAACGCGGUCUCCAUCGCAACCUCGAAUCGAUCCUUUGGCCCAGUCUCCAUCGAGGUCUUGGCUUGCACCCUUAAAUCAAAUGAAAGACUUUAUCGUCCGCCGCGCUCAAUCACUCUCCCCGGCACGUGUCUCCGUUUCCGGUACAGAUAACAUGGAUGACCCGUUUGGGCCCGAUCCGGGCGAAUCGGCCGCGGCUGGCUCCGACCAGGGAAGCCCUGCAGGACACUCACAAAAAUCUGCCUCUCCCAUUCUGGGCGAAAUUACGAAUCGUGAGCUUCCGAGAACGGGCGGGGACCGACCAAGGAUACAAGAGCAAACGAACCGACCAGAUUUUGCAAUGUCGGUCACGGCUCCACCCACAGAUACCAGGCCGCAGGUGGUUUUGGAGCAGCAAGAACAAACGUACGACGAAGGGGAGGAGGAUGAAGACGAUGACAUCUGGGCCAUUGAAGCCCAGCGUCCCGCUCCUUUCGCGCCAAGGAAUGUGCCGACUAGGCGGGAGCCGCCCCGCGAACCACCUCAAAGAAACAAAACCCAGAGUCUUUGGGAGCAAAAUAGCCGGCAUCUGAUGUCCAGCGAUGAUGGAGACCAACCCUCCUCCAACAAUGCUCCUGUGAGAGACGCUCUCACGAGUGGGGAGCACGAGCCCAGAAGACCUGUGCAGACCCUGACGGAACAAGUCCCAGUCCGUUUUGAGAGAAACUCACCCAUGGAGGACGAAGAAUUUAGCAUGCUAUCUCAAAUUCGUCAGAGGAAAGCAGCAGCACCCACCAGCCAACCAGCGAAGAAGCCGGACCUUUCUGCCUUCUUCUCGUCGCCUGCUGUACUCCCCGAUAUGGACCAGGCACUUGGUGCUGGCUUGUCCAAAACAUUGGGCUCUCAAAAUCCACGGCAGAUGGACUCGACUCUACAAAAAACACGAACCAUGCCUGUUCAAAAACAGCAGUCAUCCGGAAAUAGCUUGUUUGCUCAGUAUCUUCAGCCGCAGGCCGACAACCGAUUGCCCUCUGUUCCACAGAAGCAGCUUGAAAUUGGAACCCGCCAAAAGAGUGUUGACCUAUUUUCUCCCGCCCGGGAUAGCGUCGAACAAAGCAGUCCGGAGCAAGAACUCGCACCUGUCCAGCGACCCAACUUUUUACAUAAUGUAAAGGAGGCCGCGCCGGCUAACUUCUCCGAGAGGGCAAGCUUCGCGCCACAGCAGCAUUUGUCCGUAAACAAUGCAAGAACGGCCGCUCCUAUUCCACGAGAGAUCUCGCCAGAAAGUGAGGAGGAUGCUCCUUUAGACCAUAUUCCCCAAAAGAAGAACUUCACCCCUCGCCGGCGACAAGCCAAUAACACGCUCUUCCAACCAAAGCCCGUGGCUCCGGCAAACUCGCUGUUUGGCAACAAUCAGAUAUCAUCUUUCUUCUCUCGAUCUCGCCCCCAGUCUCAGCGGCCCCAUACCCAACCACGAGCAGGCGAGGACGAGGACGAGGAAGAAGAAGCGAGCUUCGUGUCGCCUCCGCACAAGGCUAUUCCAGACCGAGCAGGUUCGCCCACAAAAUCAUGCAUCCGUUCGCCUCUCAAACCCAAGACACCCGGGCGCGUGGUCGAGUUCACCAGCAGCACCCUCUCCCCGCUGGCGCAAGCUCAGGCCCGAGCCGAGCGGCGCGCGAGCAUGUCACCCGAGAAGAACGACAGCACGAGGAGCAGCCAUGGGAAUGUCUUGACCAACAACAACACGGAAGCGGACAAAGAAAACCGCUCCUCGUCACCAUCCUUAUCCCUAUCCCCGUCCCCAUCCCCCUCUCCCUCCCCACCACGAACCCAACGCCGCCAAACCCUCACCUCCGCCCCAACAAACCACACCACCACCACCGCAGCCCAGCAGCAGCAGCAACCACAGCGCCUAUCCCCCAACAAAUGGACCCGCGCCCACUGGCUGCGCCUCGACGAGCUCCUCCAAGCCCGCAAGCGCGGCUCCCUCCAGCUGCAGCUCCUGCUCGCCCGCUCCCCAAACGCCCGCCUUGCUUCUUCUUCUUCUUUCUCGUCAUCAUCCUCCAGCGGCAGCCUGCGACAGCUCCUGGGGAAACAAGUCACGGCGCAGGGCGAGCGGAUGGAGAUCCAGGGGUGGCAUUUGGAUGUGGUGGAGGGGUUUUUGGGGGAGCUUGGUAGUGGCGGUAGUGGUGGGGAUGGAUAUGGUGGUUCUGGCGGCCCGGCGGUGGCGUGGGGGGGCACGCAGAUUGCGAAGCGGGUGUUUGCGCUCUUGGUGGGUGAGGAGAGGCGGCGGUUGGGCUUGGUGCCUUCCUCUAGGGGGGGCAGGCACGGGUCGGGGGUGGGAGGCGGAAAGGGAGUGGGUGGAGGAGGAGGAUGA